UCUCAUACUAUCAUCGUAUUGGUCACUCCUUGGGACUAUUUGAUGAGCAACGAAUGCCAGGCAGGGACGAACACAUCGAAUUCUUGGAUGCUGGAAGAACUUCUUCGCUGAGCAUGGCAAAACUUUCGAGGAAUGAUGAGGCAAAAAAUAAAGUACCCUUGGGUAGCCCUGUUACGGAUUAUAAAUUAAUGAAAAGUAGCGACAUCAGUGAUUACGACGUUAUGUCAAUGAUGAAUGUGGAGCCAAGGUCAUUCAACAAUGGUGAUAAAGCCUUGUUCCAAACGAAGGAUUACAAACUUCGCGGACUGCUAGGCCGAUUCUCACAACCCUCUCACCUUGACUGGCUGUUUUUGGUGAAGAAGCUUGGAUGUCACGGUCAGUGGCUUAAAGCUUGCAAGUUGACGGAAGACCCGUGUCUGAAACAGGGCUACUUAAAUGGUCAGUGCAAAUGUGUGUGCCCACCCGAUAGAACUGGGACCCUUUGUGAGGAGGAGAAGCCUGUCGGUACCUCGCAAUGCCUUCAGAGGGUGACGACGGAUAGCACUGUCAUUUCUAGCUACGACUUCAGAGAGGUUGAUUAUCGAGAUUCCUGGUGUUCGUAUGAGAUCGAGGCACCUGAAAACUACUACAUCAAAAUAGAGUUUACGUUUAAGGAGAUCAUAGACCAGGGCUAUGAAAACAGCCGUUGCAAGGGAUCUUUAUUAAGCAUUGUCGAGACAAAACGCAACGGGAGCCAAGAGGAAGUAUAUUGUGGUGAAGAACUUUUGAAGAACAUCAGCUAUGAGUCGGUGACAAAUGAAGUGGAUGUCCUGUAUGAUGUCCGGAAUCCAGGGGUAGAAAGGGGAUUUCGAGCCCUUGUAACAUUUCACCCAGACCCUCUUGCUACCACCACUACAACGCCAAAUGCCACAACUACAAUGCAGAAACCCAACACCACAACAAUGACACCAACAACCACCACAACUACGACAAAUUCCCCAACAACUACAACACAACUUAUAACUUCAACAAAACAACUGACAACCACAACAACAACGACACCCACAACAACAACGACACCCACAACAACCACAACUACAACACCAACAACAAUCACAACUACAACAAAUUCCCCUACAACUACAACACAACUCACAACUUCAAUAAAACAACUGACAACCACAACUACAAUGGCAACAACACCCACAACUACGACAACAACGACAACCACAACUACAACAGCACCAAAAACCACAACUACGACAAAUUCCCCUAUUACUACAACACAACUCACAACUUCUGCAAACCAACUGACAACCACAACUACAGCACAGAAGCCCACAGCUUCAGCAUUGCCAUCGACAACUAUGACAGAACGAACUACAGCUACUACAGACGAUCUCACAACCAGAACUUCAGCAGUGCCACUGACAACCACAGUUGCUACAGAGGCACCCUCAGCCACAGAUGCAACAGAGCUUCCAUCACCAACAAAUCCAGCCACAACAGCCAAACCCUCAACAGACGCCUCAACAGACAAGACAAGGGGUUCACAGCCAACUGCUACCAGUGGAAGUCACAGAACCUCACAGCAUGGUCAUGAUGCUGCUGCUCACGUUAUGUGUACUAUUUUGGUUCUUGUGGCUUCUCUUCAUAUUGCUGGCCUUUUGACUCAUGAUUAAGAAUCCCAUUGUAACGAUGACAGAUAUCCGCCGUGUUUCAUUCUUUCACGUGUAUGUCUGACAUCCUAGAAGGUCAUAAUAAUGGUGAAAUCAUCGUGAUUGGCUAUCAGGACAUGACAUUAGCACCCUUAGAGAUAACUAUUAUUUGUAUAACUUUUAUCCUUGACUGACAAAAUUAUAGCUUAUCCACGCUUAAGUACAAUGAUGAAUUAAAUUUCAUAACCAAUUAUCUGUGGUUAUUGUAUAUUUCUAUACCGAGUCAUAUGACAGUGAAUUAUAGAUUCAUAAGGCAAAGUAGUCGCCCAGGAACAAAAGUCCACGCUGACAUAAGAUCAGCUUAAUCCAAGAGCGACUGUCUGGCAAACUUGUGCAAAAGUUACUGACAUCAACAAUAGCUAACUUAAAUUUUCCAGGUCUUUCAGGAUUCUAGCACAUUGCAAAAUAUAUUAUGUAAUGCUGUAUCAUUUUUUUUAUUUAGCCAGUUACAUUGAUCAACAUUCUGCUAUGUCACGAAGUUUGUAGUUAGUGAUGAUUAUCAUCUUUAUUGAUAUAAUUGACUGGGUUGGCAAUGUCUUCAUUUAAUAGUAUUAAACUUAGGGAAGGCAUUCGUAUGUGGUUUGUUGUAGUAUGUAACUGGCCCAUGAAUUCAUUCUACUGUAAUAUUAUGCAUGAUUUUCUGUUAUUGCUGUUUUCUAAAGAACUAUAUUAUAUAAUGUGAAAAGUUUUGAAAAAUACCAGUAAGAUGCCACAUUU